AGGGUUUUUUUGUAAAAUACAUAAAAGAGAGUGUUACAUUAAUCUAAUCUACUUGGAAUGAUUAAAUGUAGAAAAGGUUUUUCUGUUUCUUCUCUACAUUAAAAUGGACAAAUUCUUUCAGUGUUCCUCAAAUGAUAAAAUGUGACUUUAGAGAUAUUAUUGAUGUGAGGAACGAAGCUGAGGUCAGAGUCGACUAUUACACCCAGAUUUCUAACCUGCAUCCGAGCUCGUUGUGUUCAGGUAGACACUUUAUUUCUCACUGAUGGAAACCCCUCAUUUCACUAUAAAUCAAAGACUUCAUCAUUUCUCUUCCAGGCUGUUUCAGUGUAAUCUGACAGAGGAAAGCUGUAGAGUUCUGUCCUCAGAUCUCAGCUCAAACUCCUCCAGUCUGAGAGAACUGGACCUGAGUAACAAUGAACUGCAGGAUUCAGGAGUGAAGCUGCUCUCCGAUGGUCUGAAGAAUCCACACUGUACACUGGAGAUACUGAGGAUGUGUUACUGCAUUAUUACAGGUAAAGGUUGUGCUGCUCUGGCUUCAGCUCUGAGGUCAAACUCCUCAUCACACCUGAGAGAACUGGAUCUGUACAAUAAUUAUCCAGGAGAAUCAGGAGUGAAGCUGCUCUCUGAUCUACUGAAGGAUCCACACUGUAAACUGGAGACACUACACAUUAAGAAUGAGACACUCACCAGGUCUGGUGUAUGACAGGAGUCUCUCCUCAGACCUUUUUUCCAGGAUAAAUCAGUUAUGGUGGUGAAGCGUUAGAACACGUCCAACAUUUCCAGCAGUUUGGGAGCCGAAUCAUUCAUAUUCAGAGGUAGAAGAUCCAUAACAAUAACUGUGAUCACAUCCUUUUAUCCUCUCAGCUACAGCUUCACACUUUAACAUAUUUUACAAUCCAAAGUCAAAUCCUUCAGCAUCUACACAUAACACAGAGAUAUCAUCACAUCAUCACACUGAUUACACAAAUACACACCCGUGUGUUGAUGUUUAUAGAUUAUUUUUACCUCAUUAAUUGUAUCUCAUAUUUGUUUCUCCACAGAUGAUUGACUCACAGUUAUAAUCUUGAUUUAUUUAUUUUCCUUUAAAAGUGUCUUCUUUUCAAUCCCUUUUCACCAAACACUUUUAAAAUCUUUAUUAAAAUUCUUUUAAACAUUAAAGGAAUCUUCUUUUUUGGUGUAGUUCAUAGGUCACUAACAGGCGGACCGUGGUCCGGGUCCGGAAUCUGUCCAAUACGGACC